AUGCUCCGACCUCUACCGCCUCUUCCUCCCACCGCCUCUUCCUCCCACCACCAAGACCGCCGUCGCUUCCUCCCCCACCACAACCUCAACAAACCCGUGAACCCACACCCUACAGUAUCUACUAUCUGUUCCUCGAAUUUUCCUCAAACCUGUGAACCCAAACCCGAAUUGCAAGCCCUAAUUCAAGAAUUCUCUAUAAAUUCUUAUGCUCAUUCUCACUGGAAGCAUAGUAUUGGAAGUGAUGGUGGCAAUAAGGAAAAUAAAGCCCACAUUCAGAGGAUUAUUGCAGCUAUAAAGGCUCUUGCAAAUGUGAUCCGGAUUGGGAAGGAGGUUAUUGUCUUCAAGCCAUCUAAGACUGAGAAGCAUGUGAGUGAAUUCGCUUCAAAGUUAACUUCUUCAGAGGUUCCUGCUUCCACUGUUGGUUAUGGCAGGAUUCAUUGUGGGAAUUCUCUGUAA